GCUGCUGACGCCAUGACGGCGGAGAAGGUGCGCGCGGGUCCGCAGCAGCCGGGCGGCUGCGAGCGCGUCGUCAUCAACAUCUCGGGCUUGCGCUUCGAGACGCAGCUGAGAACCUUCAGCCUGUUCCCGGACACGCUCCUGGGCGACCCCGGCCGGAGGAUGCGCUACUUCGACCCGCUGAGGAACGAGUACUUCUUCGACCGGAACCGAGCCAGCUUCGACGCCAUCCUGCACUUCUACCAGUCCGGGGGGCGCAUCCGCAGACCCGCCAACGUGCCCAUCGACGUCUUCUCCGAGGAGAUCGUCUUCUACCAGCUGGGCCAGGACGCCAUGGAGAGAUUCCGCGAGGACGAAGGCUUCCUCGGGGAGGACGAGCGCGUCCUGCCGGACCGAGACUUCCAGAGGCAGAUCUGGCUCCUGUGCGAGUACCCGGAGAGCUCGGGUCCGGCCCGGGUCAUCGCCAUCGUGUCGGUGCUGGUCAUCCUCAUCUCCAUCGUCAUCUUCUGCAUGGAGACCCUGCCGGAGUUCCGCGACGAACGGGACCUGCGGAACGCCAGCGGAACCCUGGACGCGCCGAGUCCCUUCACGGACCCCUUCUUUGUCAUCGAGACCUUGUGCGUCGUCUGGUUCUCCUUGGAGCUGCUGGCGCGCUUCUCGGCCUGCCCCAGCAAGACGCGCUUCUGCAGGAACCUGAUGAACGUCAUCGACGUGGUGGCCAUCGCGCCCUACUUCGUCACGCUGGCCACCGAGCUGGCGGAGACCGGGAGCGGCGCGGGUCAGCAGGCCAUGUCCCUGGCCAUCCUCAGGGUCGUCCGCCUGGUGCGGGUCUUCCGCAUCUUCAAGCUCUCGCGUCACUCCAAGGGUCUCCAGAUCCUGGGCCAGACCCUCAAGGCCAGCAUGCGAGAACUGGGCCUGCUCAUCUUCUUCCUCUUCAUCGGAGUCAUCCUCUUCUCCAGCGCGGUCUACUUCGCCGAGGCGGACGAGCCCACCUCCAGCUUCAGCAGCAUCCCGGACGCCUUCUGGUGGGCGGUGGUCACCAUGACGACGGUGGGCUACGGCGACAUGCACCCGGUGACCGUCGGCGGCAAGGUGGUGGGCUCGCUGUGCGCCAUCGCCGGCGUGCUGACCAUCGCCCUGCCGGUGCCCGUCAUCGUCUCCAACUUCAACUACUUCUACCACUGCGAGACGGACGCCGACGAGCUGACUCGCGACGCCGACGUCAGCGCGAGGGAGCCCGGGGAGGAGCGCGCCUCCUGCGCCCCCAACCAGGAGGACUUGGCCGGCGACGUGCGCGCACACAACUGCGUCAGCGUGCCCAACGUCUUCACGGACGUGUAAAUGUAGCAAGGACUUUAUUUUGUAGUCCACUUAGUUACUUGUUUAUUUUAGUCACGUGACUAAAGAUGCGCUAAACACGAAUCCGUUUUAAAAUAUUUUCUGAUGGUUCCGGAACCUUCCCAGGACAAAUAUGAAGGGAGUUAAUAAGACUGAGUGAUAUUUUAGUCUGAAAUCCGCCACUAAAUGACGGGUGUCCAACUCAGGAGCCGGGGGCCACAUCUGCUCCGCCACGUCCUUUUAUUAAUGUUCCUUUUUGACAGGAAACUUUUGUACUGCACAUUUUACUCUUUAAUAAUAUCC